AUGCAAGGCAAAGCACGUGAGCAGAUUGAGACCCAUGACGGUGCGAUACAACAUCGUUCGAAGAGUACAUAUCAGGUCUUGGAGUACUGGAACAUGGCCCCUGCUAAGCUUGAGAUGCGAGUGCGCCGCCUGAAGAGGAUCCAGACUAUUCUCGGGCACCAGUGGAGAAACGGCCAGAUGCUCACCUCCCUCUUCGGUCACUUCCCUUUCGAGACAGAUCCGACGAUCGAGGAGAGCGACGGGGUCAUGGCUCUCAAUUUCGGCGACCCCACGUGGGGCCUGAAGAGGGCGGGAGAAGGAGGCGACACCAGGGGCCAGAAGAAGACCCGCCUCCUCUCGGACCUGCUGGGCGGCGACGCGAAGGAGGUCAAUGCCGUGAGCAAAUUACUGAUCGUGCUUGCCAAGUUGGCGCUCACCGACGCCGCAGAAAUUCGAGAAAUCACGGGGGAGGAGCUCGGCCCGCCCUUUAUCCACAUCUUCGCGGCCAUGCUCCGCGGACUGGGCGAGUACGAUGACAUCGGGAAGCGCGACGCCGAGAUCCUCACCCAGUUCUAUAUGGAGAAGAUCGCUGGGGCACAAUGCAAGGCGGGAGACCUGCUGGGCAAAGUACUAUAUUGCAAGUGCAAGAUGGCCAAGCAGAAGCAAGGCAAAUCAGAGAUGGCCAAAAUAUCCCUCGCGAUGCACCAGAGCUACGACGAGCUGCAGAGCGUGUGCGUCCGCAUAUUGCUGGCCCAUCAGGCGAUCCAGAAACGCGGUCCGCCCCCGCGCGGCCCUCUCGAGAGGGCCGCCCAGAGCCUGCUCGAGGAGCUCGAGGCAGGGUCCUCCAAGAAGGGGAAGGGCAAGAAGCUGGAGGCCCUGGCAAAGGAGUUGGCCAGCACCAAGGCCAAGCUGGCUGAGACCACCAGCAAGCAGCACGCGCCGUCCAUGGAGGUCGACGAGGGCGCAGAGCACGGUGAGGGCCAGGGUCUGGAGGACACUCGCAAGAAGCUCAGCGCGGAGCUGGCCGCUGCGAAGCCCGUCCAAGCGCAGCUGCGCACCCUGUCCUUCAAGCUGGGCAAGCUCGAGCAGAAGCGCGCCAAGCAGGAGGAGGCCCUGCAGGCAGCCAAGGACAAGGUCGUGCAGGCCAACAAGGAGGUGGAUGAGGCCACGCAGCAGCUCGCCGAGUCCGACGCGGCGAGCUUGGAGCUCCAGCAGGAGCAGACGCGGCUCGCCGCCACGCUCCCUCGUCCACCAGCUGGAGGCGUCUCGCCAAAGGCUGACAUCGUCGAGGGGCUCGGCGUCACCAACGAGAAGCUGGGCGCGAUGUUGGCGGAGCUCGGCGACAGCGGGGUGCUCGCGGAGAAGCUUGGCACGGUGCUGGGCGAGGUCCGUGAGUACGAGCAGCGUAAGGUCGAGGCCGCAGCGCAGGAGGCCAAGGCUGCGGCCGAGGCAAGGGCGACCCAGGCCAAGGCUGAGCCUGUGCCCAGCCAGGGCGCCAAGGGGUCGGAGGCAGGCCCAGACCUCCCAGACCCCGACACGGCGACCGAGGAGGAGCUGCGCGAGUUCCUCUCCAGCUCGGGCGUGGACCCGUCCCAGGAGUGCGAGGAACUCCGCGGCCAGGUGCGCAAGAUCACCGACGCGCUGGGCGGCUGGCGCGAGGUCAAGAGGGCCAAGGCCAGCGCUGCCCGCAGCAUGCGGAGGGCCCAGCUGCUGGAGCGCGUUGGAGCGCGCGAGCAGGCCAUGACUAAGGCGAGAGCGCGCCAGCGCCGAGGCAAGGCCUCCAGCAAGGUCGGCCUGUCUGCGGCCGAUCGAGACGUACUGCUUCCUCGACGAGCAGGGCAGGGGCCUGCUGCUGCCUCUGGCUCCCAGGCGGCUUGCUCUGCGGUCGGAUCUGUCGGGCUUCAGGUUGGGAAUACUGGCCGAGGUGAUGACGGGGAAGACCGCGGAGGCCGUCUGGGCGGCAACGACUACGGGGAGGUUUGCUCAGGCAUCGGAUCUGCUGGGCACUGGCUUCGCACCGAGGCUCUCGGCAGUGCAGCGGGAGACCGCAGCAUAGCAGCGGGAGACCGCAGCGAGCCACCGUUUGGGAAUACUGGCCGAGGUGAUGACGAGGAAGUCCGCGGAGGCCGUCUGGGCGGCAACGACUACGGGGAGGUUUGCUCAGGCAUCGGAUCUGCUGGGCUUCCAGCUGGGACGACUGGCGGAGGUGAUGGCAAGGAUGACGCUUGGGGCCGCCCAUUCCCCUUUUCUCACACAGGUGCAGAUGAAGUUGGUAAUCAUGUUCCUGACCGCAAGGGUUCUAUUGUGACUUUCAAUUGCUCUGAGGAGGGCCAGCUAUUGCGCUUCCUCGACUCCUGCGAGCACACUGUGGUGGCUAUACAAGAGCACCACGUCGCAGAGGAUCGUCUUCCAGAUCUGCAGCAUCGAGCUCAGGACCCUGGCUGGCAUGGAGUCUGGAGCUCGGCCACCAAGACGGGCAACCAGGAGGGCACUCAGGCGGGCCUGGCCAUCCUGGCGAAGGGAGACGUGCUGGUCACGGCUGUGCUGCUAUGCCAUCAGGAGCGGGCGGGUACGAUGUCCAGCAAGGCUUUCGACAAGUUUGCUCGUAUGCUAGUGGACAUCACCAAGUUCAUGACAAGGAUUCGCAACGAUCCUUUACGCGACGCCUUGGAUGAUGACGCUCGGAACUUCUUCGACAUGGACAUCGGUUUCGUCACCAGUGGUCGUGCGAAUGACAUGAUUGAGAGCAUCAUCGGUCGAGCGGACGAGUGCCAGAAGCGCCAGAAUGCGCAGCCAUUCAAGAUGGCGGACAGAGCUAUGCGAGAGUGGGACGCCAUAUGGCACAUGCAUGAUCUUCCUGAGCCAGUACCUCACGCAUCUGAUCAGUGGGACGACCUACCACAUAUAUCCCUGGACGAUAUCAAGCGUGCGAUCCUGCAGUUCCCCUGGACCACGGGCAUCGGGCACUUCGAGUUCGCGCCCCGCGCGUUCUGGUUCGUUUCGGACGCCGGCCUGGAGUCGCUGGCGCGCUUGUUCAUGCGAUGUGAAAAGCUUCUGAUUUGGCCGUCGUCUCGCAUACUUACUCAGCUUGUGCGUAUUCCGAAGUCCACAGGCGGCUGCAGAUUGCAGGUCGCUCGUAAGGACGGUGAGGCCUUCGCCUGGAUGGUCCAGGCGGCCGCGCGGAAGGCGGAGCAGCUGCAGCCAGCUGCCGGCGCCCCAGCGCCCCGCAAGGCGAGGGGCUCGGCCGCACAGCAGCUGCUGCGGGAGCUGCUGGAGGCGGCCGUGUGGCCCCUGACGGCGCCGCUGCCGGGAGACCGAGGCUCGCACCGUCGCCCGCGCCUACCUGCCGGCGCUCUGGAGGGGGCUUGUUGUCGGCCCAAGGCGGGCGGAGGCGCGGAAGCUGUCCAAGUCGGUCUUGCCGCAGACGUACGCGUCGGCGGCCGCCGCUCUCUGCUCAGGCCGGGCGCGCCAGGGAGCGGCGUGAGCUGCGGCCCGACGAAGGCGCCUUGCAGAGCGUUUCGUCCAGAACCCGCCCGUAGGAGGACACGCCCGACCUAA